UAACGGAUCCCCCCUCUCUCGCUCUCUCUCUCUACAUUAUUCUCCGUGCAUUUUAAUUUUUUCCCCUGUCACCGGGGGCCCAGUUUCCCCGCCCACUCCCCUGGUUUUCAGCCUGAAAGUGGAAUAGUGGAGCCAAGAAAUAGUUAAUCUCUCGGGCUGCUGCUGUGAUUGGCCGCUGUACGCAGCUUCAGCCUCCUUGAAUGAGAAACAGGGGUAACCAGGCAACUUCACUACUGCAGAGGGAGAAAGCAACAGCCGGGAUUUAUUUCAGAAUGAUGGACCCGAUUCCGAACAUGUGAGAAGCAGGCGCUUCUGUCUCGAGCGUGUCCGGAGGAUGGAAUUAACCAAUGGAUUGUGGUAGACGCAUCUGGUGAAGGGGCCACUGAUGCGGGGGGUCCUGAGAGAAGGGUUGAGCAUCCGUGAUGGGCUAUCGGGCAGCAUCUGAAGUACUCCACCGAAGCUCCAGAUCCACUUCUGACACACUGUGAAGAACAAUAUUUGAUUCAAUCGAUGUCCCUGCCUCCCCUGAGGGGGAUUAGUCCUGAGCCAUAGGUGGACCUUCAGCAAAGAGCAACAGUGUACCAUGUGAUGCUUGACCUUCACGGAGAGAUACACAGGUCCACUUCAGAAGAUGUCAAAUCUGCUCUUGUGAGGAUCCCCCGGCUCUGAGCUUCACUUCAAAACAAUGGGCCAGUGAGGACGGAUGGUUGUAAAUGCCGGAUCUUUAAUCGCUGCGGAGACUUCUCCUCAUGUGUUUGGAAGGGAUUUCGGUGUGAAAAAGAGCAGCAGGCGGGAUUUGGACGCUUGGAGUUGGGGGAAUAGCUAGAGUGCCGCUGACCAAUGGUGGAUCUGCUGUGAGCAGGACAAGGGACUCAUUAGUGGAGGAUGUCAGCGGAGGCCGAGAUCCAACCGGGUGUCAAAACCAGCCAGCGCCGGGAGUCCAGGAGGAUCAAAGGUCAGGACAGGACAGAGAGCGGGCUUAUUAAGCGUUUCCGUGGAGAUGGCGUGCGCUACAAGGCCAAGCUGAUCGGGAUCGAUGAGGUGACGGCGGCACGUGGGGACAAGCUGUGCCAGGACUCCAUGAUGAAGCUGAAGGGAAUGGCUUCGUCGGCACGUUCCAAAGGCGAACACAAGCAGCGAGUCUUCUUGACAGUCUCGUUCGGCGGGAUCAAGAUUUACUGUGAACGAUCAGGGCUGCUCCUGCAUCACCACUCGGUCCACGAGAUCAGCUACAUCGCCAAGGACACCAGGGAUCAUCGCGCCUUUGGCUAUGUGUGCGGCAAGGAAGGUCACCAUAGGUUUGUGGCCAUCAAGACGGCACAGUCGGCCGAACCUCUCAUCAUUGAUCUGCGUGACCUGUUCACGCUCAUUUACGACAUUAAGCAGCGGGAGGAGAUGGAGAAAAAAGCCCAGAAGGACAAACAGUGUGAGCAGGCGGUCUACCAGACCAUUCUGGAGGAUGAAGUGGAUGACCCGGUUUACCAGUACAUAGUGUUUGAGGCUGGACACGAACCCCUCCGUGGCCCCCAGUCAGAGGAAAGCGUUUAUCAGGUCCCAACCAGUCAGCAGAAGGAAGGGAUCUAUGACGUUCCAAAACGCCAUUUCAUGACUAAUAUCAACCACUUCGAUCUGUUCGGCGACAUGUCCACACCGCCGUCUAUGCCUCCGUCACCUGCCAACACGCUCGAUCCGAGCCGCAGCAGCCGCCAGCAGCAGCACAAUCCCGCCGACAUGUAUGCCCCCUUUAGCCCCACGUCUGUGCCAUCAGGUUAUAUGACCAUGGGACCGGUGCAGGCAGCCCAGUGGGCGCAGCAGCCGUACGCCGGCCAGGCUCAGACCCUGGCCUUCCCGGUGCAGGGGCCCCUCCAGGUGGCUCAGGUCCUUCCCGGUGGUCAGCCGCUCAUCUGGAGCCAAGCCAACAUAUUCCCCGCCACGCAGCAGCAGUGGGCAGCCAUGGCGGCGUACAUGCCCGCCCAGGCUGUGGGCGUGGGAGGCCACGCCAUCCCGGCCGCCAUGCUCCAAGGUCUGGUCCCCAUCACCACCAUGUGCCCCCAAGCGUGCGACCUAUCAGCGCCGUCGUCGGCCAUCACCAGCCCCCAGCACACGCUGCCGCGGCAGGUCAGCCUGGGAAAAGAGGGCGAGGACUUUGAUGCGGGCGAGGGUCCUUCCACGUCCGGCGUUGUGAGGCCCGGCGCCUCUUCUGUGCCAGUGAGCCGGUGCGGCACUCCUGGCCUCAUGAUUAUACCGGACACACUGACCUGCAGUCAGCUGUCACCUCCCACUGUAGCCCCCACACAGGAGGAGGAAGGCAGCUGUAGUGACCUCGAUCUGUCCAGGAUGACGUUGAGUCCGGGAACAUCGACGUCGCCGUCCACUGAGUCUCCCUCCACUCCUGCUGCGCAACAGAGCUCCGCCUCAGACCUCCCUGCAGACCCCACUCCUGCCGACCCCAGCGCCACCAAGGAGGAACAGUCGGACUCUGCGGAGGGGCCCGUUUCUCCAUCAGCAGGUGGCGCCGGAGAGCCUCCUGAGACUGAAGCACCUCUGCUGCUCAACAGAUCAGAGUGUGUGUUUGCACAGUGUUGUUGCUCUGAUUCUAUCACAAUGUCCUCUGCGCAGAGCUACACAAGUUGCUUUGGACUUCUUCUUGUCUGUGCUUUUAAGCUGCUGCUGAUCAGCAGCAUUGCCGGGAUCGUGAAGAGUCACGGGGAAACCAUACGUGAAGCUCGGUCAGUGGGCAGCCAGCAGGUGCAUCCUGUGGACUGUGUCUUGUCAGAGUGGAGCCAGUGGUCACGAUGUGACACCUGUCAGAAGAAGAGAUAUCGCUUUGCUAAACUGGUGCAGCCGUCUCAGUUUGGAGGGGAGCCAUGCCAUUUCCACGGCCGGCAGGAAGAGGCCUGUGAUGUUCCCGCUCGAUACACGUGUGAAAAUAUCCCUCCGUGCGAGGGCUUUCUCUGCAGCCAGACAGGCCGUUGUAUUCCGAGAGGCCUGCGGUGCAACGGCGAGGACGACUGCGGCGACAUGUCCGAUGAAGUAGCGUGUCAAAGAGUUCAGAGGCCCUGCAGGCAGGAGGCCGAGGAGUAUUGGGGAGUUGAGAAUCUUGCCAAAGGAAUCAACGUCCUGAACAGCAACCUGGAGGGAAUGGUGCUUGACAACAGAUACUACGGAGGCAGUUGUUUGCCUCACUACAUCCAGGACGUCAGGUUUAGGAAGCCUCACAACCUGCAGCAGUACACAAUGCAGACACGGGGCUCGUACGAUUUCACGCUCAGCUCUUUCAAUUCCUACUCAGACUACAUGGACCACACCCUAAAGGAACGGAUGACCCAAACACAAGUUUUCUCUGGAUUUUCUUUUCCAGGCGUUUUUGAGUUUGGCUACAACUACAACAAUGCCAAAUUCACCAGGUCGGUCAAGAAGAUUCGCCGAGCAUCAGGCAAGACCAACAGUUUUGUGAGGGCCAAAGCAGAGCUGGAGUUGGCCCAGUACAUGCUGAAAUCCGAAGGUCUCAUGCUUCACCCGGACUUCCUGAAGCGACUUCGUUCUUUGCCGUUGUCCUACGUCUAUGGCGAAUACAGCCAGAUCUACAGGGACUACGGGACUCACUAUGUCACAGAAGCCACACUCGGUGGGGAAUUUGAACACACUAUCAUCCUGAACAAAGAAAAGCUUGAGAAAACCGAUUAUUCCUUGGAAGACUACAAGAACUGUGUGCAGCAGGGUCUGAAGGUUGGAGCCAAUAUAUUUGGUGUUUACGUGUCGGUGGGCUUCCAGGGUGGAUCCUGUGACGGCCUGCUCAACGAGAUGGGAGAGGACACUGUAGACGGUCAGAUGGUGGAGGACUUUGUGGCCGUCGUCAGGGGCGGCAGCAGUGAAUCCAUCAGCGCUUUAGUGUCAAAGAAGCUGCCCACCCCACAGCUGAUGAAGUUAUGGGGCGAGGGCGUGCGUUACAACCCCGACUUUGUCCGAAGGACGACCAGGCCUCUGUUUGAGCUGGUCACUUCCCGGGAUUUCACCAACGACGCCAUCCUGAAGAGGAACCUGAAGAGGGCGCUGUCUGAGUACCUCGCAGAGGCCAGUUCAUGUCGGUGCGCUCCCUGCCUCAACAAUGGCGUGGCGGUCAUGAGAGGCACUCGAUGUGACUGUGUGUGUCCAGUCGGCUACAGCGGUCUCGGCUGUGAGGUCACUGAAAGACCACAAACCGUAGCCAUCGAUGGCAGCUGGAGUUGCUGGGGGUCGUGGUCGUCAUGCAGUGGAGGGUCAAUGACCAGAAGUCGACGGUGUGAUAAUCCGGCGCCCGACAACGGAGGCCUUUCCUGUCCGGGCCUGCUACAAGAGACAACGCGGUGCUUCUGAGUUUUAAAGAUAAAUUUAUUGACUCAUUAAGAAAAUAAAAGAGCGUGAACAAA